CCCCGCCCCACAGUUCUGGCCACCGUCCCGGUGCGCACGGACGUGGCUCGAGUUUCCUCGGCUCUCUGCUCUUUCUCGCUUCCCCCCACCCCCCUCCCGCUUUUCCUCCUCUCCUGGGCUUCAGCUCCAGCUCCACCCGGCCGGCCCCGCACGGCUCCGGCUAGCCAUGGAGGACACCCAGCUCCAUAUCAUCGAGCAGCCGCUUCCCGAGUACCCCGAUGUUGGGGACUCGGGGUCCUCCCCCAUGGGGGCGCCAGCGGCGGAGGAGCCGUCAGGGGCCGGCUCUGAGGAGCUGAUCAAGUCGGACCAGGUAAACGGCGUGCUGGUGCUGAGCCUUCUGGACAAAAUCAUCGGCGCCGUCGACCAGAUCCAGCUGACCCAAGCCCAGCUGGAGGAACGGCAGGCGGAGAUGGAGGGUGCCGUGCAGAGCAUCCAGGGCGAGCUGAGCAAGCUGGGCAAGGCACACGCCACCACCAGCAACACCGUGAGCAAGUUGCUGGAGAAGGUGCGCAAGGUCAGCGUCAACGUGAAGACCGUGCGCGGCAGCCUGGAGCGCCAGGCCGGCCAGAUCAAGAAGCUGGAGGUCAACGAGGCCGAGCUGCUGAGGCGCCGCAACUUUAAAGUCAUGAUCUACCAGGACGAAGUGAAACUGCCGGCCAAAGUGAGCAUCGGCAAGUCGCUGAAAGAGGCGGAGGCGCUGCCCGAGAAGGAGGGCGACGAGCUGGGCGAGGGCGAGCGGCCGGAGGAGGACGCGGCCGCGCUCGAGCUGUCGUCCGACGAGGCGGUGGAGGUGGAGGAGGUCAUCGAGGAGUCGCGCGCCGAGCGCAUCAAGCGCAGCGGCCUGCGGCGCGUGGACGACUUCAAGAAGGCCUUCUCCAAGGAGAAGAUGGAGAAGACCAAGGUGCGCACCCGCGAAAACCUGGAGAAGACCCGCCUCAAGACCAAAGAGAACCUGGAGAAGACGCGGCACACGCUCGAGAAGCGCAUGAACAAGCUGGGCACGCGCCUCGUCCCCGCCGAGCGGCGCGAGAAGCUCAAGACCUCGCGAGACAAGCUGCGCAAGUCCUUCACGCCCGACCACGUGGUCUACGCGCGCUCCAAGACGGCGGUCUACAAGGUGCCCCCCUUCACCUUCCACGUCAAGAAGAUCCGCGAGGGCGAGGUGGAGGUGCUGAAGGCCACCGAGAUGGUGGAGGUGGGCGCCGACGACGACGAGGGCGGCGCGGAGCGCGGUGAGGCGGCCGACCUGCUGCGCGGGAGCAGCCCCGACGUGCACACGCUGCUGGAGAUCACUGAGGAGUCGGAUGCCGUGCUGGUGGACAAGAGCGACAGCGACUGAGCGGAUGCGGGGCUCUGCCCGGGAGGCCGCGCCACCCUGCCCCGCCUCUCCCUGCCCCCUCCCCAUGCCCUUCCCUCUGGAACUUUCUCUUUCGCAUUCUCUCUCGGCCCCACGCAGGCUGAGAUGUUUCUAAAUUGACAACACCGCCCCUCAAGGAGCACCCCUCCAAGUCUUACAGCUGUUAAAAUGGGAGGGGGAGGCAGCCUCCACCAUGGAGAGCCCCAAUUUGGGCAUAGUCUGGGUGGGAAUGGAGAGGGGGAGUGAUCCGUGUCCUGGUCGUCCAAGUCAGGGAUCUUAAAGGAAAUUGCUGUCAUUUCCAUGGUUGCCCCACCCCACUUUGGGGUAGGCUGCCUUCCCCCCAACCUCCACCUCACACUCGUACCCAGCUGCUGUCAUUCCUGUUCACUGAGCUCUUCUUUCUCAUCCUGAUCCCUGGAGGCUUCAAAGCCAAAAUUACCAUAAAAGGAAAGAGGGAAUCCUGAAGGGGACCCUUGCCCACACGUGAGGCCCCAUAUUGGAAGGACUUGAAAGCAACUUUUGGGAGAACUGGGGCAGUUGGGGGAAGAGGGCAGAGUGAGCCGUGACCCUGGAAUGAGAGUCUAGCACGGGUUGUAUCUGUAAAUGGUCUCAACAAGGAAGGCUGUAGCCAAGCAGAGCCCUGGGGAAGGAGCAGGUGGUGUAGGGAACACUUAGCAUGUUUAUGCAUCUGCAACAGCAGCAUAUGGCUAUGGCUUUGGGAAGGAGAAUGGGAAGUAGUAGAAAGUGGAAAUGAGUGAAAAGAGGAGAAUUCUCAGCAGCAUGAGAAA